CUUUUAUUUUCCUCAGUUAAUUCAUUUUAUAUUUGAUGGAUCCUUCCACAGAAGAAGAUUUGUCUUUUUUUUCUUUUAAUUAUUUUGAAACGAGUAUGGAAAGAAAUUUUAUCGGCCUGAACAUAUGUAUUAUUCCAAAGUUGGUUCAGUUACAGGGAGUAUUUGGAGAAAUACAGGCGGUAUUGAGGGAAGACUUGUCAUCCUGCUACCGGAUGACAAGUCCCCCUGCCAUUGUGAAUCAAUUGAAUCCCCUCUUCACCACACAGAUGUAUGCUCUUCACAAGUCACAACCGCAGUAUGUUUAAAGCAUUAGUUUGAAGCAGCUUGGUGAGGAAGGGGUUUAUCAACAAGAACAUCCUGAUGUCUGAAGUAGUUGUUUCCGCGGUAAUCAGCGAGGCUGUGAGCAGGGUCUCCACCUUCUUCAUCAACAAGCAUAAACGGAAAUUAAACGAGGAAGAUGGCAUGGAGAGGCUGGAGAUGGCACGCAUCAGAAUGGAGGCAGCCCUGGAGAUAUCCAGCAGGUGGCCUCCGGUCACAGACGCCUCACUCCUGCGUUGGAGGAAGAAGCUGAAGCGCACAUCUGAUGAGUGCAGCCAAGUCAUGGAAAGAUGCAAGCGUCGUGCCAUGGAAGAUGAUGAGAUGGAGCAGGAGGUCAGGCAGUGCGCCUUCCCUAAACGGAUCGCCCAUGCCACAAGAUCAUUCUUAUCAUCUUUCACUGGACAGAAGAAAGUUGAUAGCCUGAUCACCACUUCAACCAUUCAGAAGUUUGAAAGGCUCGCUGAUGGUGCCAGCGAGUUCCUGAGAUUCAUGGAAUUCGGUAGCAUAGGCAGGAGGAUCAACUACAUGCUCGUUGAUCCUCUUACCGGGCACCUUCUUGCAGGCAAAGCUCUACGGUAUGAAAUUUCUCAAGGAAAUCAGCACUACCUAGCAGCAUGGCCAAUGAGUUUCGCAGAGCGAGGACUAGAAGCCGGGGUGUUGCUUUGGUACCAGAACCAUGAGAGGCCGGAGAAGAACUUCAUUUUCGGAAUUCUACUACGUUUGGCAGCAAGCACGAACGUGACCGGGAUUGUGGCCAGGUGCUUGGAGUUGUUACCACCCAAUUUCAAGCCUGUUGCUGAAGCUGCAAAGCAGGAGCUCACUCAGGUGCACCAUCGAGCCUUGUACUGCUUCCCCUUUGUUGAUUCUACCGAUCCAGAGUACUCGAGGAGGACCCACCAUUCAGAGACUCACCAUGCUCGCCCAAACUCCGCAUGCUGCCAAGGACACAAUCACCAUGGUAGAUACCCGGAGCCGGUGAUCAAAUUGGUCGUACGGCGGUAUAUCUCUGCAUGGCAGAAGCCAUCAUCGUCUUCUUCAUCAUCAUCAUCAUCUGGUCAUGGCGAUAGGAGGACACCCCUGCUGCAGCUAACGGCCGUGAUCGGGCCGCACGCUUGGCUGGAGGAGCUGCCGCCCAGAGCCCGGAGCGUUGCUGUCGAAGCAAUCGACGGGAGGGAAGAGCAAGCCGUGCACAGGAAUGUUGGUGGAGGAGCUUCUGCUGCCCAACGCCAUCGAUCGCCUGUGCCGCCAUGAGGCGGCGUACGAUGGAUCGUCGUCGUCGUCGUCCACGCAUGAGGUGCUGUGGCAGUCCGGCCAUGGUGUCGCCUACCUCUGCUUGAAGAAGAUGGGAAGAGAGAUGGCAGGGUGCAGGCGGACUCAUUGGCCGUGUCAUUGUGAAAGGUUGUGGCAUCGCCGAGCUCAGCUCUGGUGCGGCGGCGGAAACGGCGCGGUGGCUGGUGGUGGCGGCGGCGGCGGGAGAACAAGAGGAUGGAAGAGAAAGCGCCCACUCCGCGCAGCCAUCGAUCUAUGAGAGCUAUGUAAAAACCAAAACUGAUAGUCAAUAGGGGGAAGAUUAAUUUUGAUCAAUUCUAGUUUAAGCAGUGUUCCCAUGUAUAUGAUCUCAUUUUUCAAGUUACCCAAAGGAGUGAAAGAAAAAAUGGACUUCUUCAGGAGGAGGUUUUUGUGGCAGGAGGACCAAGGCAUCAGAAAAUAUCAUUUAGUGCAAUGGCCCAUUAUUUGUUCACCUAGAGAUCAAGGAGGUUUAGGUGUUCUGGACCUGGACAUUAUGAAUAAGGCCUUGUUGGGGAAAUGGAUUUGGAAUUUGGAAAACAAAGAAGGUUGGUGGCAGGAGAUUCUUAGGGGGAAAUAUUUGAAAAAUAAAACUAUGUCUGAGGUAAACUUUAAACAGGGUAACUCUCAUUUCUGGCAUGGGUUGAUGGAAGUAAAGGAUGAUUUUUUUAAAUUUUGUUCAAAAAAAGUGGGGAAUGGGAAAAGAACUUUGUUUUGGGAGGACAGCUGAAUAGGUGGAAAACCCCUUAACAUUCAGUUUCCAAAUCUGUACAAUAUAGCUUUGACCAAACAUGUGACAAUUGCAAAGGUGAAAAUGAAAGGCUUGCAAUGCAUCAAAUUCAGAAGAGAUCUAGAGGGAGAUAAACUGAGAGAUUGGGUGAGAAUCAAAAACAGUCUGGAAAGUCUGAACUUACAGGAUGACUCUGAAGAUAAAAUCUAUUGGAAUUUGACAAAGGAUGGAAUUUUUUCUGUGAAAUCGUUUUACAAAGCCCUUAAAAUGCAUCAGGUGUCUUUCCCUCAAAAGAAAAUAUGGAAAUUUAAGAUUCCUCUGAAAAUUAGAGUCUUUAUUUGGCUGUUUGUUAAAAACAAAAUUCUCACUAAGGAAAACUUGUAUAAAAAAGGUUGGAGAAAGGGGAAUGAAAAGUGUCAAUUUUGUGAUAAAAAAGAGGAUAUACAGCACUUGUUUUUUGAAUGCCCUUUGGCCAAACUUCUCUGGAAUAUCAUGUGUUGUGCUUUGGAUAUACUGCCUACUUUGAAUCAUCAGGAUAUUUUUGGACAUUGGCUGGAUAGACAUGAUAAAAACAUGAAACACUUGAUUGUGAUUGGUUUAGCUGCAAUCAUUUGGACAAUUUGGAAGUCCAAGAAUAAAGCUUGUUUUGAAAAUAAAUUUCCAAGAGAUCCUACUGAUUUGGUCUUUAUGGCUUGUUCCUGGGUGGAUUCCUGGGCAUCUUUGCAGAAGUUGGAAGCAAAUCGAAGAAGACUGCAGUUGGGAGCCAGACUUAUAAGACAGGUGGCAAGUGACAUCUUCUGCUCAAGACAUGGAUGGAGACCUGGAAUCUGGAGGAUAGAAGGAUGAAGAUGUUAUUAGUUUUUUGUGAUCUGUUUUAUCCUUUUGAUGACCGAAUGAUGUUAUUCGUGUUCAGCCAUCGAGCCCUGUGAGGCAUCUGGAUAAGCUCUUUAGCUUUCUUUCCUCGUAUUUGUUUUUGUUUCCCUGACUUUGUAAGGAUAUGCUCAUUUCUAGUAAGAGAAAUGGGGGCUCUCUGGCCCUAGUUCUAAAAAAAAAACAAAAACUGAUAGGUAUUGAUUUGCAAAAAAAGAAAUGCCAAAAUUAGGGAUUUCGAUUGUAAAUUUUGUAAUCUCUAUGAGUGACCUGAUUGUGGUAGUGAUCCAAUGACAGACCUGAUUGUAAAUUUGUGGGUU